AUGCCUCGUCCACCAACAAAACGCAAUCGUCUCACAACAACAAAGGCUGCGUCCGCAGUAUCUAAGGGAAAGGCGGAGCCAAGUAACGAGUGCGACGUGAACGCAUCGAAUACUUCCAGGCCACCGGCACCCGAUAACCAGGACGAGGGGACUUCUUCAGAGCUGGUAUCCAGUGCCCAACCGGGGAACACUUUACGACAAUUGAGAAAUCAAACACCCCUGGCUAGAAAAAAUGAACAGGCGAUCGAGUCUUCCCCAAUGGGGGAACGAGGUGCUACAGGCAGCCGGCCACCCACGAGGUCUCGGGGGUACUCGUCUACCCUCUCCAUGGCUGGACGGAAAGUUGAUAUAAGUUCAAGGAUACCGGGGACGCCUGCUUUCGAGAGCUCGAUAUUGAGUAACUUUAGACGGCGACCUCGGCAAGCGAGCAUUCUGCAAAUGAUGCAAGCAGAGGAUGGAUCGUCUGAUCUGGACGAUGACGACUUUUUGGGUGGUUUGAGCCCUGAGGACGAGUCUACGCCACUGAAUCUCACCCGAGGAAAAUCACUUCUAAUUAGACAAGCUGUAUCCCCAUCUCCAUCCCAGCCUUCAUUGCCUUCUAGUGUGGAGCCACGCAAGCGGAAACGGUCUGUUGAAGAAUGUCAGGUCUCUCAGUCGCCCCCAGCCGUAGCGAGGAACACUCGCAGAGAAAAGUCGCCUCAUACCAGAAACGAGCACUCCCUGGAAUUAAUCCAACCAUUAGAGUCUUUAGAAGCGUUCAACCAGACUAUGGCACCGCCUCUGAGCAGCAGUCCCCUGUCGAGUCCCGUUGCUCCAGCCUUCACAUCAGACUCAGUGCGGCCGUUGAAUCCUACUAAAGAAGGCGCAAAUGUACACCCAGACCUGACUAACGAGGCAACUACCAUCCCCACGGCAACUCUACAAGACCGAUUCCUCCCUCGGCGUCGCCAACGGUACCGCGAACGCCGCGACGUGGUUGAGUUGGAACUUCCGAGUGACUCGAGUGAAGAUGAUACUUCCACUACAGACCAGAAUGAUGACGAAUUGAACUACUCAAACAGAAGAAGGCGAACUGCUAAGCCGAAGCUAAAACCAUACUCCAAAGCUCGGCGGGAGAAUGAACAAAGGGCUAGAGUAGCGGUCAACAAGGGUAAUGAGCCCAAGAGCUCCGCAGGGAUUACGAAACCCCUAAAUCAAGCCCGUGAAAAUCACCACGAAGCCAAUUUCACUAGGCCUCGUGUACACACAGUCGCUGGCGAAGAGAACCAGCUGACUGAGAUGUCGUCGCCGUCAUCUUCACUGCUGGUUUCAGAUGCAUUGGAGUCCGCCUCACUGUCAGAGUCGCCGCCGUCGGUCGAUUUCCUCAGCGAAGAGCUGAGGCUGCAAGCGAAGAAAUUUGCUGAGGUCGAUCAAUGGGAAAUGGAAUUUGAAGAUGUCCCUGGUAGCCAAGGUAGUACAUUGGAGUAG